AUGGUACACCAAUGGAAGUCGCUCCUCCUUUUGGGGCACUUCGUCCUCCUCGAGUCGGGACGUGCGGCCUGUCAGGGCAUCAUUGGCCGACACCGGUUCUCAGGGGAGAGCCCGCUCCUCUCGCUUUGGCCACCGAUCCGGCCCGGCCCCACUGGGCCAAGCGUCGUGCAACGCACGAGGCUGUCACAGUCCGCCCUCGAUCCGAGGGCAGCAUUCAUGGGCAGUAGCGACUCCGUGGUCUACAAGGACCUCCUGGCAUUGCUGUCGGUGGCUUUUGAGAACCAGCGGACAAUCAUCCACCAGCAGAGAAGCCGAAUGGACCGGCUACUGGCGGAGUUCGCGGACAUCCGGCAGGAGCUCGAGGAGGACCCCGAGCUCCAGAUGCUUUAUGCAGAAGUACGGCGGCAGCGAAAGGACGGCGUCAAAAAGAAGAAACAGUCGAAAAAGAAAACGAAGAAGGACAAGGAUCAUCCUGCUGCGGGCGACAGGAAGUUGCACGAGCUGUAG